UGUGCCGCUAGGGGGCGGGGCUUGCGCCGGGGUCACCCGAGAAGAGGCGAUGGCGGAGUCGAUGAGGUCUCCGCGCCGCUCUCUGUAUAAACUGGUGGGCUCGCCGCCUUGGAAAGAGGCUUUUCGGCAGAGAUGCCUGGAGAGAAUGAGAAACAGCCGGGACAGGGUCCUAAACAGGUACCGCCAGGUUGGAAGCAGUAUGCCAGGGAAGGCUCAGAACACCUUUCUAGUGCAAGAGGUGAUGGAAGAAGAGUGGAAUGCUUUGCAGUCAGUGGAGAAUUGUCCAGAAGACUUGGCUCAGUUGGAGGAGCUGAUAGACAUGGCUGUGCUGGAGGAAAUCCAACAGGAGCUGAUUGAGCAAGAGCAGUCGAUCAUCAGCGAGUAUGAGAAGAGCUUGCAGUUUGAUGAAAAGUGUCUCAGUGUCAUGCUGGCUGAGUGGGAGGCAAACCCACUCAUCUGUCCUGUAUGUACAAAGUACAACCUGAGAAUCACAGGCGGUGUGGUCGUGUGUCAGUGUGGCCUGUCCAUCCCAUCUCAUGCUUGUGAUACUUGGGCUGUGAUCCUCUAGAGCCAGCUUGGAGUCACAUCAUUCUAAUCAGCUGAAGACAACUCAUUCCCUCUGAGGAGCCUUGUACAUAUAAGUCUUUUAUUUAUAACUUAUUUUGUAUUGAAACUUUUCAGUGAUACUGAAUGAAAAAAAAAAGAAAAACCUUUUCCAGCAUCUGUUCUUGUUUUUUUUGUGACGCAGGUUGAAGGGGGAGGAAUAGAAAAGACAAACUGCCUUGGAGGAGAUAAACCAAUUUUAUUGUCUAUUAUGUUAUACAAAAAUCUACAAAUAAUAGAUUUGUACAGAAAAAAAGUGGUAAUAAAUGAGAGCGUAAAACA